AUGGCUGACAACAACAACAUCCCAAUCUUCAACAGCAACAAUAAUGAUCAUGAGGAAGCAAGCCCUCUAUUGAACAAUAAACUUGACGAACAAAACGACAAGAAACCCACCAAGGUUUCUCCUGAUGCAAAGACCGCCACUGCUACCCCGGGAUCUGCUGUGCCUGAAUAUGGGUGGACCGUUAAUGGGCUGCCGUUGAGUCAUGGGAGCGUGUUGGGUGAGCCUAUGGGCCGGACUCCGUGGGACUCCAGCCUUUUAGCUUGCCUCGGCCGUAACGAUGAAUUCUGUAGCAGCGAUCUUGAAGUCUGUCUUCUUGGAAGCAUUGCCCCUUGCGUGCUGUAUGGAAGCAAUGUUGAGAGACUUGGAUCUACUCCUGGAACAUUUGCAACCCACUGCUUGCCAUACUCUGGUCUGUACCUGAUUGGCAAUUCAUUUUUUGGUGGGAAUUGCAUCGCACCAUGGUUUUCAUAUCCUAGCCGCACAGCUAUCCGCCGGAAGUUUAACCUUGAGGGUAGCUGUGAGGCACUUCAUAGGUCAUGCGGUUGCUGUGGAAGCCUUGUGGAAGAUGAUUUGCAACGUGAGCAGUGUGAGUCAGCAUGUGAUUUUGCAACUCAUGUUUUCUGCCACCCAUGUGCCCUAUGCCAGGAGGGUCGUGAGAUCCGUCGUAGGGUGCCCCAUCCUGGGUUCAAUGCUCAACCAGUCAUGGUGAUGAUCCCUCCUGGGGAGCAAUCAAUGGGCCGUGGGGCCUAA